AUGGGUCUCGCCGUUGCAGCAGUUGUUCGCAAAACACGAACCACACCUUACACGCGGAAACUCGCCGCGGAGGUUGUGCCAGGCAAAAUCGAUACGUUGAUAAACAGUCAAAAUCUCAAGAAUGCAACUGGAUGCAAAAGGACAACCUUUCCUAUAGUCAUUCUGCACGAAACUAUCGAGACUUCAAUUCCAUCCUCCCUGGCAUACACCCUACCCGGUAGUUCGGGAAUUACGCAAGAGGAUAACCGACCUGAAGAACUGGCGAGCCCCAAGCGCCAUAGCCAGCAAAUGAGAGACUUUAAAAGCCGACCAAGCCAUCACGGACGGAAGAACGAGCGGUCGUGGUCUGUCUGGGAUAGGUUUAAAAAUAAAAAUGAUGCGCAGACUGAAGAGUCCAGGUCCUUGGGGUGGGGAAGAGACACAUGGUUCUGGAAACAGUUUGUCGCGUGCCACGGAGGCAACGGAUAG